CAACUGCCUGCCUGACUGGCUGACUUUGUGUGUGUCUGUCGCACCCUCCUCUUUCUCACUGGCCAUACACACACAAACACACACACACACACACACACACUUUCUCACAUCCACGCAGAGCAGAUCAGUGCAGGCAGGCAGCGCUCAGCCCGCUAAAUUGUGUUGCUCCCUCCAAGUGGAAGCAAGGACCAAGAGACUGGAGAAAGAAGAGGACACAUUUUGAAACUUUUCAACAUUUUUUCCACAAAACACUUGUGUCUGUUUUUUUCUCUGGAGGAGGUUGACAUGACAAUGAGCCGUUAUCGCCGAUGGAUUUGGUAGGACACCCGCUCUCCGAGUGUUUUUUAAUGCACUCUGAACAAGAGUAGAAUGAACUUAUCGAAGGGUCCACUGGUGAACAGCAGCACUGACGACAGCUCCAAGUCAACGUACGGUAAAUGCGGCGCUGGCGCCUGGAGGAUGCACCAGAGCUACGAGCCGCUGGAGGCCAACCACAUGAGAGACCCACAUGCCCUCUACAACCCAAGGCUUCUCUGCAGAAUGUCCAGUAAGGAGCGCCACCUUGAGUCCAACUGUCCGUCCUCGUAUAUAAAGACAGAGCCAUCAAGUCCCGCCUCCCUGACCGACAGUCUAAACCACCACUCUCCCGGGGGCUCCAGCGACGCCUCAGGCUCCUAUUCGUCCACGAUGAACGGCCACCCCAAUGGCUUAGACUCCCCGAGUCUCUACGGCUCCAACGCAGGGCCCCUGGGUCCCGCCGGUGGCCCCGGAUCCAAGCGCUACGAGGACUGUUCGUCAACGAUCGGAGAAGAUUCGCAGAUAAAGUGCGAGUACAUGUUAAAUUCCAUGCCCAAGAGGCUGUGUCUGGUGUGCGGGGACAUUGCUUCUGGGUACCACUAUGGUGUGGCGUCAUGUGAGGCCUGCAAGGCCUUCUUCAAACGCACCAUCCAAGGCAACAUUGAAUACAGCUGUCCAGCCACCAACGAGUGUGAAAUCACCAAGAGAAGACGCAAGUCCUGCCAGGCCUGCCGCUUCAUGAAGUGUCUGACAGUGGGCAUGCUGAGGGAGGGUAAGGGAAAAGGUGUUCGUCUGGACAGGGUUCGCGGUGGAAGACAGAAGUAUAAACGCCGGAUAGAUGCAGACAACAGUCCGUACCUGAACCCGCAGCUGGCUCUGCCUGCCAAGAAGCCAUUUGCCUUUGGCUGCCUUGCAGAUAACAAAAUCGUAUCUCACCUGCUGGUGGCCGAGCCGGAGAAGAUUUACGCCAUGCCCGACCCGACCGUACCAGACAGCGACAUCAAGGCCCUGACUACGCUGUGCGACCUGGCCGACAGGGAGCUGGUGGUCAACAUUGGCUGGGCCAAGCACAUCCCAGGUUUCUCCACGCUGUCUCUAGCAGACCAGAUGAGUCUACUGCAGAGUGCAUGGAUGGAGAUCUUGAUCUUGCGUGUGGUCUACCGCUCGCUUUCCUUUGAAGACAAGCUGGUGUACGCUGAGGACUACAUCAUGGACGAGGACCAGUCAAAGCUGGCUGGACUGUUGGACCUGAACAACGCCAUCCUCCAGCUGGUCAAGAAGUACAAAGCAAUGAAACUGGAGAAGGAGGAAUUUGUCACUCUCAAGGCCAUCGCGUUGGCUAACUCAGACUCCAUGCACAUUGAGGACGUGGAUGCCGUGCAGAAGCUCCAGGAUGUGCUCCAUGAGGCCCUGCAGGACUAUGAGGCUUCCCAGCACCAGGAGGAUCCCCGCCGGGCAGGCAAGCUGCUCAUGACCCUGCCCCUGCUCCGCCAGACCUCCACCAAGGCCGUGCAGCACUUUUACAGCAUCAAGCAGGACGGCAAAGUCCCCAUGCACAAACUCUUCCUGGAGCUGCUGGAGGCCAAAGUGUGAGGGCAAAGUCUCACAACGACUUCCACUGACCUUCCCAGCUUUUACACACACACAGACACAUACACAGUAAUACGCCCCUUAACUAUGCCCCCUUAUGACGAAACAAGUAAGCUACCCCCCUUACCUUAACUGUCUAAGAUUUAAAAAAACAAAGGCUCACCUGACCUUUUGCUUUGGGGAGGUGAAAGCCGACAGACUGAUAUGACCCCACCCCCUUUUAAUGGGGCAAAGAAGAAGACGCUUCCUGCUGUUAUUGUGCUGAGCAACAACACUGACAAUAAAACUCACAUAUGCAUUUAAUGAUGACCUAAUUCAUAUGAGGACACAAGAAAAUGAACACUGUUCAUCUGAUGACUGAUGAGACUCCCCCCCCCCACCCCCUCCUAUAUCAUUUUGUAAGUGUUUAAGAAGAUAACUUAAAGGGAAAAAACACUAAAGAAGUAUUAAUGACAUUUGUAAUCACAUUAUCUGUACAUUGACAUUUGGAUGGACAGAGAAGAAGAAGAGAUUUGCCUGCCAAAAGAUGGAACACUUCCUUCCAUUCAGCGGAUGCCAGCAAACACCAUUAUCCAAAAUUAUUGAACAAUUACUUGGGUUUUAUUUUGAAAUCCCAGGCUGUGGAUGGGUUUUCUCUUCCAUUCAUUAUUUAAAACCAGCAGGGAUGAUUUAUCUUAAGAAUCACAGUUGGAAUUGUUGAAAAACACUCUGUGGUUCUUCCCAAAUUAAGCAUCUGGUCCCCCACAAUGCCCCCUGCUUGUGACACUUGAAGCUGAAAAUAUCAGCAGACUUGCGGAGUGAUGAAAGAGUCAAUAAAUGUCACUUAUCCGUUACGAUAACCAGGCUGCAGUGAACGUAUCAAUCAUGAGACGACACGCAAACAUGUAUUUGCAAAUGUUAUCCAACAGAAGACUGAGGGCAGCAAAAACACACGCUACUGCAGCAAUGUGGAGACUACGGAGUAUAAUACUGCAGUGUCCGCAGCAACAGGCUAAGCUAACAUGAGUUUAUUUUGUCAUUUCGAGCCGUGUAGCGUCAAAUGUUACAAUGUUGCGACGAUAACAAAUCUGCUCCACCAAUGAGCCACUGUAGGUGGUUUAUCACCCACAUGGUAUCAAGUCGCCAGUGGCUGACCAGGGACUGGAAAUAGUACCUCAUGGUCCCAGUUAUGCCAGUGAAAAAGCCUAAAUAGAGCAGAGUAGUUACCGUGCAGUGGAAGAGGGGCAAAAUGAGUGACUCCUCACAUUGUCCUCUUGUGUUUGUCUGCAGUAUUUUCAGCUUCUCUGUUAGCCUGGUCGCACAGCCCACCACCUCAUUUAACUCCUCCAAUGUGCCAAUUGUCACGCGUCACCUCAGUGCUUCCCUGCUUGCUCGUUUUUCCUUCCCACCAGCCCCACAAGAUCAUCUGUGCAAGAUGGCCUCAGAGCCAUCAGGACGGAGGCUGCUUUGUCAAAACUGAUAGAAGCGUUGCUUUAUGUUUUAUUUCAUGGGGUUCUACCUGGUAAUAAUCCUAGCUAAGGUACCAAUAACAGGCUUGUAAAUAACAGUCAUCAUGUAUACGACAAAUAACAGCAGCUUCUGUUUUGCAUCCUCAAACCCAUACCUUUCUUCUCUCUAUUACCUUGACUAUCAUGCAUGUAUAAAACGAUUAACAGCAUAUUAACAAAUCAGUCAAGGUUGGGAUUUGCUGAUGGGGGUCAGCACAAGCAGCGAGUACACAGCACCUUGGCAUGUGACCGAGAACAACAUUUUCUCCAAAGCCAUGUAGACAAAUGUGGGGACCAUUAAACGCCGUGUUUCCACCAAGUGGUACAGUUCAGUUUGCUGUGGUACACUUAGGAACUGUACACCCUCACCUGGUAGCAACGUCAUAGUAGCAUGACAGUAUACCCCCAAUGACUUCUGCAGAGGGGAGGAUUGCUUAAGAAAGCACAACAAUGGAGGACAUUGUUUCGUGUUUUGUGUUAGCUCCACUCCUUAGAUACCAACCCGGGUGGAAGAGUAUCAAAAGCCCCUUUCACACAGCCUGUUAAAGCCUGGAUUUUUCCACUUUUUUUCCAGGUUUCUGUUCUGUAUACAGAGAGUGGACAUGAAUUGGAGAGAUGAAGUUGUCCUGACAGUAUUUCUGCUUCAGAGGUGUUAUCAGAGCUGUAACAGAGGUGGGAAUUGGCCUGUGUGAAACGGAAUGCGGGGAGAGGGGUGUGGAGUUUAACACCCAGCACUCCCGUUGUCACUACCAGACAAACCUAGGUACAGUAUCUAAUUAUCCAAGGCUCCUACAAUUAUGGCAAUAUCCCGCUUUGCUGGAUUCUGUGUAACAGACACAGGCAAAUGAAUGUUAGAUCUUCUGGUUGGGCUCUGGUGAGGCUAUGUUGCACGGUCUCUGUGUGAAAGAGACUAUAAAGAGCUGCGGCGGUUCACAACUUUUGACAAAAAAUUGGAAUGGUGGAGGAUGAAGUUGUUCUACUUUUUUUUCGGCUUUGGAGGUAGUAACAGAGGCGGGACUUUGCCAGAUUCAUGAUCUGGUUCUUUAUCCAAAACUCAUUUAUGUCCUGCUUUGCUGUGUAAAAGGCACAGGCCAAUAAAUGUGGAUGGUUGUUCUGUUACGGCUCUGAAGCGUCUAUUUUGCAGGAUAUCUAUGUGAAAGCGGCUACAAACUGCUACACUUUUGACAGUGAAAUUGUGAUCAGUCUGCACCGUGUGGUGGAAACAGGCAUUAAUUAAGAUGACAUGCUGAUAUGGGUGUUGUGGGAAAUGAUGCUGAAACAAAACAUUAUCUUUUAUCAAUAUCACACAAACGUGAUUUUGCUAUCCCACUUCCUGUUUUAAAAACACAAUCAGUGAAGAGCAUGUUAAGGUCAAUUUAUCAUACACUUAGUUACCUAUAACAGCCAUUUGAUCAGUUUAAUGAAGUGUCUGCAAACAGGAAGUAGGACCCAGAGCUGCAAAGAAGCAUUUUAUUGAUCAGUCAUGAUAGCUUUAACACUUAAAAUGUCAUAUAUCUUCAUGUAAGUCAUUGGUCAAGCUGGAUAACAAUGCCAAACGUUUGUUCAACCUACUAGAAGCUGGCAGCUGAGGAUUAAAGUGUAGCCCACCUCUGUUGUCAUCAUUAAACAUCUUUACAGGCUAUUUUCUCAGCCUUCUUUAGCAUUGUAUAUUGUAAAUAGAAAAAGCAGAUUACAGUUCUAACAUAAGACAUUUUAUGGGAGGGGAAAAAAGCAAAAAAAAAAAAUGUAGCUCAAACCUCGAUGUAUGUUUCAUGUUUUUUCUAUGAAGGAAAAACCUUUGCUUUUUAAUCCUCAAGUCUUCCUUUUUUUGAGCACUCGGAGGCGUGGCCGUGUAACUUUUCUCGUGGUGAUUCCUGUCCUUGUGGCGUGUGCUUCCCCCCUUCUUUAGCCAGCACCGCGUAGACUUUUAGAGGCCGUGAGGUCUGGCUGCCGGAUCAGUCGGCGGUUCCGGACUCUUCUACGACCGCCGGGGUUUAAAACACAGCGCUCAUCUCUUCCCGACUAUACAUACUUAAUGAAUUAUUUAGUAUCUAAAUGAUAAAGACAAGUAUUUAAAUGGGGGAGGGUGAUUUGUGUAACUUCCCUGUAGAAGAAACAAUAUUCUGUAUAUCUUUUUAAGUUGAAAUAACCAACAAUGGACCGAGAGGCAUUUGAGUAACUCUUAGGGGACUUUUUUGAUAUGCUCGCUGUACAUACGUAACUACCUUCCAUGCAGCUUGGCAGCAGCUCCAUCAUUUUCCAUUUUCCAUCCAUUUUCUUAAACUUAUUUGGUAAUUUCUGAAUCAUUUUUAAAAUAUUUACAAAGGAGAAAGACGUUUCAAAUUGAAUUAUUUUGCCUUUAAUCCCAUAAAAGUGCAGCAUUAUGUCAAAUCUUUUGAGGCUCAGAAGCAUCAUAAAAUUUGAUGUAAAAUAUUUUACGAGGGCAAACGUGAUGGCGCUGUUGCAAAAUGAUCACGGCUUUUCGAAAUCUUUUGCAGUAACGCUAAAUUGUCACCGCCCAAAACGUGACAGAUGCUGCAAGUUUUCCAAAUGUGCAAUUGGUUUGACUAUGACGUUGAAAUUGAACAGGGGACAUAAUUGUAUAUUUAUCACAGGCCAGCUAAGGCAAGAAUUCACACUUGCGGUCCAAAAAAUGUUUUUGUCAUUUAUGACAAGCAAUAUUUUGUUGGCUGUUGCACUUGUGAUAGAUGACUUUAAAUGUUACUUAAAGUGUUGUUUUCCAUGAGGUGCAAUGGGAAAAUGAGUUGACCUGGUUGCACUUUAAGCACCAUGUUGUUUUCCUUCAUCUGUUACUAAAACCCAUUAGCUGCAAAUAUUGUAUGUAACCAUCAUCAAGCUCAACUAUGACUAUGAAGGAUUGUCCAUCGUUUAGUUGGAUUUAAAUGGAGCCGCAACCAUGGGCUGCGUUUAUGAGGUGAGGGAGCAAAAACUUUUGGGGAUAAAAAAAAGACCCUUUUGGACAAAGGGACGAAGCCCCCGCACCCCCACGUUGUUAUUAUGAAUAUGUUCGUAGAUUUUAGAUGUGCUUCACAUCAGAAAACUGAGAAAAAAAGAAAAAAAAAACAACUACCUGUAUAUUUUUGUGAUGUGUAUCAUACAAGUGUGCUCCAAUGAUAAUGUCCAUUUGUGUAAAUGUAUUUAUUUCACACUGUAUAUAUUGUUCAAUGCAAAAAGAGAGAGCUAUGAUUCUGUAAGUUAAAUUUGUUUGAAACAUUACAUGUGUUACUCCAGACUAUGCCUUUCAGGAUUAUUACAGUAGAGCAAUAUCAAUUAAAACCAGGC